AAGCCGCGCGGCGCUCAGGGCAAGGUGCAGAAGACUGCGCGGCGGUGCAGCGAGAAAGGCGCGGAGAGAGGGCGCUGCUCUGUGGCUCUGCAACCUUCCGCCAGCUCCCCGGCUUUCCCCGCGCGUCUCCGGCGCCUCCUCGUUCCUCUUGCUUCCCCGCGACCCCUGCGUUCCCGUGCGCGCGCGUCCGCUUGCCUGUUUCGUGUUGCCGUCGCUGCCCGGGCCAUGGCGACCUGCUUUUGGCUGCGGAGCUGCGGGGCCCGGCGCCUCGGGUCGACGUUUCCAGGCUGUCGCCUCCACCCCCGCGCCGGCGGCCUGGUGCCUGCCCCCGGGCCUGCGCCCGGCCCGGCCCAGCUCCGCGGCUACGCUGGGGGCCUGGCGGGCCUCUCUGCGGCGCUGCUGCGCACCGACAGCUUCGUGGGCGGCCGUUGGCUCCCGGCCGCCGCCACCUUCCCCGUGCAAGACCCGGCCAGCGGCGCUGCCCUGGGCAUGGUAGCCGAUUGCGGGGUGUCAGAGGCCCGCGCCGCCGUGCGCGCUGCCUACGAGGCUUUCUGCGGCUGGAGAAAGGUCUCGGCCAAGGAGAGGAGUUCAUUACUUCGAAAGUGGUACAAUUUAAUGAUACAAAAUAAGGAUGACCUUGCCAGAAUAAUCACAGCUGAAAGUGGAAAGCCACUGAAGGAGGCACAUGGAGAAAUUCUCUAUUCCGCCUUUUUCCUAGAGUGGUUCUCUGAGGAAGCCCGCCGUGUUUACGGAGACAUUAUCUACACCCCAGCAAAGGACAAGCGGGCCCUGGUCCUCAAGCAGCCCGUAGGUGUGGCUGCAGUCAUCACCCCGUGGAAUUUCCCCAGUGCCAUGAUCACCCGGAAGGUGGGGGCCGCCCUGGCAGCCGGCUGUACCGUGGUGGUGAAGCCUGCCGAAGACACGCCCUUCUCCGCCCUGGCCCUGGCUGAGCUUGCAAGCCAGGCUGGAAUUCCUCCAGGUGUAUACAAUGUUAUUCCCUGUUCUCGAAAGAAUGCCAAGGAAGUAGGGGAGGCAAUUUGUACUGAUCCCCUGGUGUCCAAAAUUUCCUUUACUGGUUCAACAACUACAGGAAAGAUCCUGUUGCACCAUGCAGCAAACUCUGUGAAAAGGGUCUCCAUGGAGCUGGGAGGCCUUGCUCCAUUUAUAGUAUUUGACAGUGCCAACGUGGACCAGGCUGUAGCAGGGGCCCUGGCAUCUAAAUUUAGGAACACUGGACAGACUUGUGUUUGCUCAAACCGAUUCUUGGUGCAAAGGGGCAUCCACGAUGCCUUUGUGAAGGCAUUUGCUGAGGCCAUGAAGAAGAACCUGCAUGUAGGUAAUGGAUUUGAGGAAGGAACUACUCAGGGCCCAUUGAUUAAUGAAAAAGCAGUAGAAAAGGUGGAGAAACAGGUGAAUGAUGCCGUUUCUAAAGGUGCCACCAUUGUGACAGGCGGAAAACGACACCAUCUUGGAAAAAAUUUCUUUGAGCCCACCCUGCUGAGCAAUGUCACCCAGGACAUGCUGUGCACUCAUGAAGAGACUUUUGGUCCUCUGGCACCAGUUAUCAAGUUCGAUACAGAGGAGGAGGCUAUAGCAAUCGCUAACGCCACUGACGUUGGGUUAGCAGGUUAUUUUUACUCUCAAGACCCAGCCCAGAUCUGGAGAGUGGCAGAGCAGCUGGAAGUGGGCAUGGUUGGCGUCAACGAAGGAUUGAUUUCCUCCGUGGAGUGCCCUUUUGGUGGAGUGAAGCAGUCUGGCCUUGGGCGAGAGGGGUCCAAGUAUGGCAUUGAUGAGUAUCUGGAACUCAAGUAUGUGUGUUAUGGGGGCUUGUAGGAUUCUUUGGUUCUUUAAAAAAAGUUAAAAGGAGACUUACCUACAUAUAUAGGUACAUGCCAUCCAUUAUUUUAAAUAAACUAAUAGGUUUUCAGAAUUGUGAAUUUUUCAAAACUCAUCCAGUCCUCGUAAUCUUAAACAGAUGCAAAUCCUACCCCUGCCCUUAACCUAACUAGGGACCAAUAUAUGCCACAUGCCUGUGACUGCAGACUCCCGGAGAACCAGCACUGGGUUUACAGAAUGAGGCCCUGGCUCCCCACCGCAGCCCCGACUGCCUCAGAGCAGGCACAGCACGAGGCAGGCCCAGCCCCUUGGGCUGUCACAAAGACUUGAUCACUGCCCAGGCAGUGACACAACCAUCCCCAACGUCGCUACAGAACAUGGACCCAGAGCACCUUGAAGGAGACCCUUGACUGUGACUGGCAGGCAGGUGAGGGGCACAGCACCCCUCCCCGGCAUCUGCCAGCUCGGCACUGAAGGCACCGAAUGUGCUUCUAGAGGUGUUGCGGCAGAGGUUUGAGUGAACCCUCUUUCAAAGACAAUAAAUAGCACAGAAUUGUCUGUGCUUCUGUGAGGCAUGAAGAAGCACCUCUUCCUAUUCCUGAACCAUUUUUUAAUUGACAUCUUUAUUGUCCUAAAUUUACCGCUUAAAGAAUUCUAUUUUCAUUUCUGUCCUGUUCACCACUUUGUUUCGUUUCCUUGAGGAAAUGAGCUGAAGUGUAAAGCAAAGAAUAGCAGAAGCAGCUUGGUAGGAUGGAAGGCACGCAGUGGCGUGGCCUGGCUCCUUCCCCAAGUGGCCUUGUUGCCUUGUUGCCCUGGGUGUGUGUUGAGCACCUCCCAUCCCAUGCAUACAGUGGAGAUACCAUACAGGCCUUACUUAGCUCCCUGCGAUAUUGUGAGCCAGAGAGAAAGUAAAAGCACUUCACAAAAAAAUGAAAAUUCUAAGGACAUACAAGAGCCACUGUUACGAGCAGCACUGCCCAGCCCUUCCUUGCCUACUGUCAGUGGCUUUGCCAAGAUGGGAGGAGGCCAAUGCCAACUUGCCCACCCACCUGAGCCUGAGUAAGUGGCUGUCACCUGCAGCCUGUUCUUUCUGUCCUAGUGUGGUGCUGCUUCCUUACCUCCAAAAGAGCAAAAGCACUUUCACCACAGUCAGCCCAAAAGGGAAAGAAUUUCUGUAAUUGCCAAUCCACUUUGUAGAAGAGGCAUGAGCCCUUGAAUUUCAGGCACCUUUUAUCUAAUAAGAGUUUUUAUAGCUCAUCAUUCAAAUAAC